ACACCGCACUUCUCGGCACUCUCACCCACUCCCAGCCAGGCCUCGGCUUCACACAGACUCUGCCCAGAUUCACUCACGCUCACAGCUUGCUGGCAGUCAGUCUCCGCUCAUCCUCCAUGGCAUCCCAUGCAGCUGCACUACUAGCCCUCAGCCUGCUGAUUCUCUGGACCUCCCCUGCUCUGGGAGAUGCCAACGACGCUGAAGACUGCUGCCUGUCUGUGGCCCGGCGCCCCAUCCCUGGAUUCCUGGUGCGAGCCUAUCGCUACCUGCUCAUCAACAAUGGCUGCAGUGUGUCUGCCGUUGUGUUCACCACCCUGAGAGGUCACCAGCUCUGUGCACCCCCAGACCAGCCCUGGGUGGGCCGCAUCAUCCGGAGACUGCAGAAGAACUCAGCCAAGGCAAGCCUGGCCCUCCCCAGCCCUGCCUCCUCCCUGCAAGCCCCUGUCCAAGACCCCAGCCCAUGACUUUGCCUCUCCUUCCUCCCCCAGGGAAAGCGCUACAGCAGGUAGCCCAUGAUAGCCCCAGAGGGAGCCCUGUGUCUGAGGGAAAGAAUGUGAAUCACUGAAGCCCUGGGGAACCAAGGACCAGAAGGGAGGACCAGGCCUCCUGCUCCCCUGCCCCAGACCUGACCCAGCUGGGACGGGGCAGGAGUGUGAGUGUGAGUGUGAGUGUGGAUGAGUGUGGUGGAAGCACAA